CACGCUGGACCACCCUCUCGGCCCGCCCCCGGAACACAUACCCAGCAGGUCUGAGGCCUCCCCUGCAGGCAGAGGAGCCCGGGCUGUGGAAAGAUGGAGCAUACGUCUGGCGGCUUCUCCGGGGAGGAGUUCCAGAACGCUUGUGAGGAGCUCCAGCAGUUCGGGCGGGUCGGGAACGACUGGCAACUGCUGAUGGAGCACGAAGGCUUCAAAAUCUACAGGCGCCUGGACGAGCAGACUGGACUUUAUGAGUAUAAAGUGUUUGGUGUUCUGGACAAUUGCCCACCGGCUGUACUCGCAGAUGUCUAUAUGGACUUAGACUACAGAAAACAGUGGGACCAGUUUGUUAAAGAACUCUAUGAAAAGGAAUGCAAUGGAAAAACCGUGGUCUACUGGCAAGUGAAGUACCCCUUUCCGAUGUCCAACAGAGACUAUGUCUACAUCCGGCAGCGGCGAGACCUGGACAUGGACGGGCAGAAGAUCCACGUGGUCCUGGCCCAGAGCACCUCUGCGCCACAGAUUCCUGAGAGGUCUGAUGUGGUCCGGGUGAAUCAGUAUAAGCAGAGCCUAGCGAUCGAGAGUGAUGGCAAGAAGGGGAGCAAAGUUUUCAUGUAUUACUUCGAUAACCCGGGUGGCCAGAUUCCAUCCUGGCUGAUAAACUGGGUCGCCAAGAAUGGCGUUCCUAACUUCUUGAAGGACAUGGCGAAAGCCUGUCAGAACUACCUCAAGAAAACCUAAGAGGGGGGAUCGUGUGUCCAUGGAAUGAUGAUCUGGAAGUGCCACGGCCCGCUGAUGCUCAGCUUUCCUUUCACUUUUCCAUCUUCAGAGGCCUGCAAGCUAUCCAGCAUGUCGUCCCUGAGUGUGUUUGCCUGACGCCUGGCUUCCUUUCCCACUCCCCACCCUGGAACUGGCUGCCUUCUCCCACUAUUGAAUAUGGAUCAGAUUAGGGAAACUUGUGCUUGUUUAUCUUUAAAAGGGAAGUCCUCAAAAGAGAACACAGUCAUUCCAUUGUGCCAUUUUAGGGGGAUGGGUGGGUGAGGAACCACAACAAUCCAAGAGCAACCGAUCCCAGAGAGCUGGCUCCUUCCCAGAAUGUGGCUUCUCGCAACCCAGGAGGGGCUGCUGGGAGCCCCAUCCCCUUCAGAGUGGACUCUCCAUGCACCAGUACUGGAAGACAUGGGCUGAUGGCCAUUUUCCCUUAUGCUUGGCUGGGGUUUGAGGUGAUAAUCCAGUGACUCUCUCUGCCAUUCCUACUUGUGUAGGAUCAUGAGCUGUUUUGAUUUCAAACCAUUCUGAAAAACACUGGAGGCCUAAGCACUUAAUGUGAUAACCAUUUCUUCUCAUCAUCCAUGUCUGGGUUUCUCUUUCCCACAUGCCACUGGGGAGAGGCUGCUCGUACCUCACUAACUCUGCACUUUACUGGAAAUGAGGCAUCAUGAUGGCUCUGGCAGUUAGCAAAAGUCAAGAUGCUCUGCACACAGCCCUGUGAUAAAGUGUCUUUCUAGGCAAUAAAAUGUAUUUCCCUUCUAGAAUGUUUAGCGACAUUGAACGGAUAAUAGUUCACAGUCAGGAAAAUAUUAAUUAGUGGAUUAGUUGACUCUACACCUUUUUCUCAGGAAUUCUACCUAAGUUGCCUGCCUCAUCUCCUACCAAAAGACUUCCAGUUUUCUGUUUUCUCCUGAAUUUUGGUAAGGCAAAAUAUUCUGUGGCUAAAAACACAGCCUUCAUGAUCUCAGGGAAAAAUUUUAACCACUGUGUGUGAUAGUACUGAACCUUGAUUAGAGGUCGUAGAAAUUCAGGAUGUAAAUUCAGAAGCAGAGGAUUUAUUAAAAUGGGCUAUGUCGGACUGUAUAUCUUCUCUUUGGGAAAAAUAGAUUGAAUACCAAUAAAUACAGAAUGACUUAAA